AUGAUUUAAAUUGUUAUUGUUGCAACACAUUAAGAUCUAGAAACUUAAAGGUAUUAGGUUAUUUUUUAAUUUAGAUAAGUACAAACAUAAUAGGGAAGAAAUCUUGCUGAUUCUUUAAAUGCUAAAUUUUAUGAAAUUUCAAAUCAUGACAAAGAUCAAAUUGAUGGAAUUGUUAAUUCACUAUCUUAUAAUGUAUUACGCUUAAUCAAUUCUAAUAAAAUCAAUCCAUUAAAUACAGUAUCCCUAUUUAUCAUAAAUAGCAAUAUGGAAUUAAAAUGAGUAGAUAAUAAGAAUAAUAAUAUGCAUCUCAAUUAGAUAAUUCUGAAGAGAAUAUAAUUUAGUAACAGUCUUCUCCAAAAAGAAGAGGUUCAGAUAUCAAAAUCGAAUAAAAUACAUUCUCUCCCAAUAAAAUUACAACAGCUUCUCCUUCACGAUCAUAGCAUGAAAAUGAAUAAACGGAAUAAAAUUAAUAAUAAACUAAACCAAAAUUCCAAUUAUUAUUUAUUCUGCUACCAAUAAUAAUUGCAUAUGGGUUGUAUUAAAUAUUAUUAUGA